UUUGCACAUCAGUCGCGCGCGUGCAUAUGUGUGCAAAUUUAUAAGCGCCAGAAAGAAAGAGAGAGAGAGAGAGAGAGAGAGAGAAAGAAAGAGCGUUGUAGGUUGUAGGUACAGUGACACCGCGCAGCAGUCAGUGUCAGUGAUUACACGGCCGCGUUCGCGUGUUUUCCCGUUCACCUAACCCCGAUCUCACGUCGUUUUAUGCAUACACCGAUUUUCUUUCAUACUCACGGACUAGCGACAACAAAGUGCAAGUAUAAGACAAUUGUAUAACCGAUGAGCGACGCAGCGAGCCGGGACGACCUCCGGAAUCAUCGGCAUCAUCAACGCCGUCACCUAGACCUCGAGUCUCGGCUCUGGAGAAACGACACCCGGAGGUGUCUAGUUCUAGCACCGUCUGGAGCUGAUCAGUUCGCUCACUCUCUCCUCUCUCUUGUAUCCGCGAGAGAGGGAGAGAGGAAAACCGCCGCCGCCGCGCCCCUUUGGCUCGUGCUGCAGGACUUUCGCGCGUCGACCUCGGGAUCACUGCGACGCAUCGAGUUUAGAUAGCCAGAGAACGGAAGACAUGGAGCUCGAGGAGCCGCUGCUCCAGGGCCUGCUGCUCCUGCCGCCACAGGGAAUGCUGGGACAGCUCAAGAAAACAUGGCACAAGAAAUUUUGCCAAAUAUUCAGAGCCAGCAAGUAUGGCAUACAGCGGCUAGAGAUUUAUGACAAUCAAGAGGAAGCUAUAACUCAACAGCACACACAGCGAAUAAUUACUCUAGAAGCUUGUGUUAAAAUUGCACCAAGCAACCAACCCCAUGUUUUCACUCUGGUUACAAAAACUGGAGUCCAUCACUUCGGCUGUUGCUCCGAAGCUGAGAUGGCUAACUGGAUAGGUGCAUUUCAAUCUGUUGCAUUCAAAGAUGAUUCUUCAAAUUUAACCGUAGAAGAAGACAAUGAUCUGUACUGCACAAGUGGUGAAGGUGUGUUUUCUGUAAAAAUAGCAGAAACAGAUGCUUCAAGAAAGUGUGGUCUGGAGCUCUGGAAAAAUUAUACCCUCAUAGUGGGAGCCACUGAAAUGAAACUAAUGGAUGGAAACAGAAUGAUGUACACCUGGCCCUACCAAUACAUCAGGAAAUAUGGAUACAGGGAUGGAAAGUUUACUUUUGAAGCGGGAAGAAGAUGCGGUUCUGGAGAAGGUGCCUUUUGCUUAGAACACAAGAACCAAUUAGAAAUUUUCAGGUGCUUUGUAUCCAAUAAGACGAAAAUGAAGCAGAUGCUCAAUGGUGAGAAUAGCCCGACUGUAGAAAAUAACGAUGCUCAAUUUCAUGCUGCCUUAUCAAUGGAAGCAGGAUCGCGUUCACCCCUGCCGCCAUCAAUGAAUAGUUCCAAAAAUCUCAUAGACUUGGACAUUCCAUCUUUUUCUCAAAGUUCACAAAAGCCUUUGCUCAUUCCAAUAUCUCCAACAGAACCUGUCAAGCCACCAUUACCAGCCAAGCCAAAGCCUAUAAAACCUCCGAGAAAACCCGUGUUUACGUCGAAAAUAGAUAAAAAGACGUACGAUACCGAAAUCUUGGAUUUGCAAACGUCCGGAAAGUACAGAAGAUUGAAUUCACCCACGUCUCCUGAGCCUCCCAGGAAGAACAUUGUCGUCACCAACGAUGAAAAACAUUCCUAUGAUUUAGUUGAAGUCAGAAGUGAUGCAUGGAAAACCCAUGGAAUGGACAGUGUACCACACACAGAAAGGCUGAAGCAAUCAAAACAGAUAAAGAACGAGAAGGAUAGUCUGGAAGAUCCACAUUACGAAACCAUGACCUUCCCGUCGUCUACGCAAAAUUCCAUGAAGAGUAAUUCUUCGUCAAUUAUACACAAUAUUCCAAGUCCGAACGAUCCUCCCGACUACGAUAGACUACAGCACUUCGGAUCGAUUUAUAAAAGCAAAAAUAAACCAGGAUACAGAACUCCAAACUGCUCGACUAUAUCUCAAAAUUCCCAGCUAAUGUCUCAAAUAUCACUGGACUCGAAUCCUAGCUGUAAUAAUUACGACGUCGUCGAGGAUAUGAAUGCGGUCAGAUUAGCUGAUGACAGUCAUCAUGGAUACGGUAUGAUAAGAAAGAAAUCCAAUUCUUCCACUUCAUCUACCAAUCCAUUGGAGCCAAAACACAAAAUUAUUAACGACAGUGAAUAUGCCAUUGUAUCGAAACCUAAAAGAGUUUAGAAACCAUCUCAAUAAGUUUGAUAGCUUUAAGUUACUUAAAAUCGAUUCAAUAACGCGAAAAAGUUGAACUGUCUUACUGCCAUUAGCACAAUGUUUAGUCAAAAAGUGUCAUGAUAUCGCGCGUCAUAGUUAUAUAGGCAGUUUCUUUAUCAAACGCACUUUUUUUUAUAAAUGAAUAAGAUCUUGAUUCAUACAAAAAUUUAAUAUUUUUGAUAUCCUAUACAAAUUUAAGCACGAUUCAGAACUACUCAUAUCUCAUCAUGGUCAAAUUGAUUUUAAGAAAUUUAACGCCUUACCUUUGUGCUAAGGAAAAAAUAUUUUAACUAGUAUUUAAAUUCCGAUGUGAUUCUUAUACUUUGUUUAUGCGAUAUUGAUCUUGUUCCUUGUUCAAAUCUGACCAAGUCUUGUACAUUUAUUGACUGAUCGAAACUCUGAUCUAGUGUCUUAUUGUUAUAUCGUAAUUAUUAUUGUUAGUAAUAGGAUAAGAAACUUGAACCAAAUUUAAAAAAAAAUCUUAUCAGAUCUUUGAACUCUCAGAGUCGAACCAGUGUACUUACUAUGACUUUGUCAAAUAAUUAUACUUGUUGUUAUUGUUACAUCGAAUUAACUUCUGAUAUAAUAUCAGAAUAGGUUUAUAUUUUUAAAUUAUAUUUUAUAUAUAUAUAUUGCAUUCACUUUCAUACUUAAAGUGUAGGUUAUGAGGUACCUAAAGUGUCUAAACGUGAUAUGUAUAAGAGCGACCAAAGAAUGAUGUACGAGACUAUAAGCAUAAACGAGAAAUUUUUGUAACUUGUGGUUUGCCAUAAAGAAAAUCAAAAGUAUAGUUUGAAAUUUUUAGCAAGUAAACAAUCAAUGCUGAUAGUCUCUUGUGUGCCUUGUAAUUUUGUAGGGAAGGACAAGUUUUGCAGGACCAAUAAUUUUAGCUUAUUCAGAAUUAUUAGCUUUAACAUUUAUCAAAUGUAGCGCAUCACAACUGUUCAGCUUUUUUUCAUUGCUCAAAAAAACCAUAAAUGAAUUGUGGCUGAAAUAAUUUUUAUAAUAUUCGUUUUAUUAAAAUAGAAUUUUUAUUUUAAAUUGCAAAUCCUUAAACAAAUGCGUUAAGAUUCUAAAAAUUUUAUUAAAACCUUAGCUUUUAAUAAAAAAGUUCUACAACAUUGCAUUUACAGUACUUUCAGUGAGUGAAAUUCAUUAUGUAAGUUCUAGCUGAGCUUGUCUGACUAAUGUGUCAAAAACAGCGUUUUUUAUACAAGAACCUUAUUUUAUUUGUAUAUUUACAAAGUGAAAAGAAAACAUUCGUACCUAUGUAACAAAAAUAUAAAAUAAAUUUUUAUACAACAAAA